AUGUCUAAAGUGGAGAAGACUGUUCAAAAAGAGUGUCUAGGGAAAGCAGGUGACAUGAGCAAGUUCAAAAAGGUUGAUCUGACCAAGCUUGAAAUGCGCAUUGGAUAUACUAAAAAAAUAAUAUAUCAAGACACAAUGUCCAAAGCAUUCAUUUUGUGUAUGGUCACUUUGAUCAUUUGCUGUGCAACUCGGUUGGUAUUUGCUAAGGGUGAAAUUUCAAGACAAUUGUGUGAUGCUGAGAAAAUAGACACCGAUAAGGCGACCAAAGUAGAUAAGAUCUUACAGAAAGAGUGUCUAGAAAAGGCCGAUGAUAUGAGCAAGUUUAAAAACGUUGACAUGACCAAUGUUGGUUUAAAGCAAAUGAUGAUUGAUGUGUGCGCUGAGAGUUAUGGUAAAUGUAUUGACGAGCUCGAGAAGAAAGAUAAGAAGUUGCAUGAUGAAAUGGAAAAGGUUGAAAAGUCUAUUGACCAAACAGAGGUUAAGAAAUUAAAGAAAUGCGCUCUGGAUUUGGUAUUGGCUGAGGGUGAAGUUAGAAAACUAUUGUGUGAUGCUGAGAAAGUAGACACCGAUAAAGUGACUAAAGUUGUUGAAUGUCUUAACAAUUUUAGAAAUAAACGUUCGGCUGAUAUGAAAGCUCUCGAGGAAAAGGCUGCAGUGACCGUUCAAAAAGAGUGUAUAGGAAAGGCGGGCGAUAUAAGUAAGUUUAAAAAGGUUGAUCUGACCAAGCACGAUUUAAAACAAAUAUUGAUUGAAACUUGCGACGAGGCUUAUCAAAAAUGUUCGGGUGAGCUCAUACAGUCGACCAAAACAUUGCAAGAUGCGUUGAUUAAAGUUGGAAAGUCUACAGAUGAGAGCGAGUCGAAGAAAUUAACGAAAUGCGCUUUGGAUGUACUCAAGAAAUAA